CUCAGUCCGUCUCAAUCAGUCCAUCCUUGUUUGGUCUUCCUCGUUCUGAUUAUUUUCUUAUCUGAGCCAACAUGCUAACAGCCAGGUCUCCGGCCAUUAGCGUGUGCGCGGAGAGCAUCAUCCCAGCCGGGCUGAGGUUUGGGCCGGUACCUGGGAAUUUUAAACUUGGCAAAUACAUGACGGACCGCAGAGAACCUGGAGUUAAGAAAAAGGUGCGACUGCUAAGGGGGGACUUUGUGGACGAAACUGGCAGUACCGUCCCGGAGUGGAUAGGGUUAAUUCGUGCCGCAAGAAACAGUCAAGAACAGAACCUCGAAGCCAUAGCAGAUCUUCCCGGAGGACAGGUAUUUUAUAGAACACUAAGAGAAAUUCAAUUGGGAGAGGAGCUAGCGGUGUGGUACUCCAACACACUGGCUCAGUGGUUUGACAUUCCAACUACUGCUACGCCAACUCAUGAUGAAAAAGGUGAAGAAAGGUACAUCUGUUGGUACUGUUGGAGAAUAUUCAAGUUUCCCAAUACUCUGAAGGCACACAUUCACUUUCAGUGCUCACUGACGAAUGGCCGAGGCUAUCUAGCUAAUGAGCCGAGCCGAAACACCGAAAGCUACAGUCGAUCUCCCAAAUCAACGGACAUAAACACAGUCGGUCAUUUAAGAAACGGCCAUAACCAGAACUCUGCAACAUUGGACCAUGGCAAGAGGACAGCAUCGUCAUCGCCGUUUUUAAGCAAAUCCGGAAUAAUUAAGAAAACGUCUGGAUCAGAAGAACAGGACAGGGCAUUAGACAUGAGUGUGAGCUCCGCAAGAAAUCCUAGUCAUCUCCUUGGUUUGGGCGGAGGUGCUUCGUCAGUGCUGAACACAAUGGGGUUCCAUCCUGGAAUCCGCUCAGCUUUUAAGCCUACGGGGCUAUCCAAGGUCCCUCCAUCGGACUUACCCAGAGAUGACAAUAACGUCAAGCCGAAUGGUCUUGGAUUUAGUAAACUUCUGGGAAACAUUAAGACAUCGCGCUCAGUGACUGAUACCAUAGCGGGCAACCACACAUCCAAAUGUGUCCACCCCAUUGAGGCCUCGUCGCCAGUUUUGCCCUGCAACAAUUCUAUUAGGGGCUUUCCUGUUUUUCCACAUUUUGAGGAGACGUCGGCAUUUAAACACGUUGAUAGCCGGCUGCCCCCGGGGCUGUCUCCAUCUCGCUACUCGCAGAUUUCAUCCGGUUUGCAUUUUGAGAGGUUCUCGAUUCCCCAGUUUGAUGGAGUCAAACCGUACAGUGGAGAAUGUAACAUCCCCAUUAUGCCCUUCACGGUCUAUAACGGGGAGCUGCUCUACAGUUCCCCAUACUACCCUCUUAAGUUUCACUUCAGCAAUUUAAUCAAGUACCCAGAUUCGGUGUCCUACUUUGGAACUCCAGCACUUAACCCAGACCUGAGCUCAAUCACGAACAUAGACAGAGAGAUCGCCAUGCACACACAGCAGCUGUCUGAAAUAGCAGUUGAGAAAAACCGGGCACGACUCGAUGCUAUGCCCAGCGCAACCUCAAGCUCUGGCAAGCCCAAAAAGGGGCACCUCUGUCUGUAUUGCGGAAAACUGUACUCUCGCAAAUACGGCUUGAAAAUACACAUGCGAACUCAUACAGGUUACAAGCCUUUAAAGUGCAAAGUGUGCUUCCGGCCUUUUGGGGAUCCCAGCAACCUUAACAAACAUAUCCGCCUCCACGCGGAAGGAAACACCCCGUAUCGCUGUGAAUUCUGCGGCAAAGUUUUAGUUCGUCGGAGAGACCUCGAGCGGCAUGUGAAAUCUAGACACCCGGGGCAGUCCAUUAAAAAGAUGGACGAUAAAAUGGAAAACAUUUUUCAAGAUCAGGAGCAAAAAAGCGACAACAGCAACGACAGCGAUGUUGAUGUUUGUUACACCGACGAUCAAAGUGAUCAGGAAUCAAGCAAGAACAAUGGACACUAGAUAAAUAAAUGACUUCCAGGUUAUACUUGACAAUUAUUUAUAGACUCGAUGUAAUGAAAUGAAAGCAUUAUUUAUGUGUUUAAGCAAAGGAGAACCCCGAAGCUGUAAAGAAAGAGUUGGGAAAGUGCCUCUGCAACAAUUACUUACGCUAAAAUAUCUUAUUUUUGAUUGUAUUAUAUAUUUAUAAACUCGAAUUUUAUUAAAACAGUGGUAUAUGUUUCCAUUCGUAAAUUGUGUUUCGAUGUGCAGUACAUGUAAAAAGAAAGCUGUAAGCGCGGUAUUCAUUUCAAUAACUUAAGACCUUUUCUCAAGAAAUCGAAAGCCAACUUGAAUUCUACUUCUUAUAAAACUGAAGGCGUUUGCAUUGCUAAUUAUUUGCAUUCAGAUGUGAAGUGUCCAAUUACUGUGUUUUAAAUGAAGCCCAUGUGCAACAUCUUAGUUCUACUAAGUCUUGAAAUAUUUUAUUGGCUAUCAAAGUAGAAUCGGUUUUGCAAUAGCCUACAAUCCAAUCCAAAAGCGUGUUCAUUUCCUUUCCAAAAGUGUGCCUUUUAUUCAGAAAGCCGGUUACGACAUCUUACAUUUGAGAUUAACCGGGGGUGUCCACUGAAUUCGUUUGGUCAGAGCGCCGCUCUUAAAACCACCUAUUUUUAACGUAAUUUUUGAUUUAACGGUCGCAGCCUUUGCUUACUUCCUCUUGAGGCUGUCGGAAUAUUCAGUUAACAAGAAUCAUGCAAUAAAUGUUGGUCUGUGGCGCAUUUUACUUACCUGAGGCAAUAGUUUGAUCUCUGUAAAUUAGGUACACGUGAAGAGCAUGAUUAUUUUAAGCACGCAAUUCUAUGUAGCUGAAAGUUUGUUUAGAAGUACAUGUGGAAAACGUUUGUUUAUGAUGGGCUUUGUAAACUAAACUGUCUUUUCCUCAAGUCAAAUACGUUGUCUGUUUUUUUUAAAUAAAUGUUCAUACA